AAUUCUCUAAUCAUUAAGAGAGCCACCAUUUUAUUAGUUUUUUUUGCUAGCCAUCUAGAAACAAUAUGAGAGAGAGAAAGAGUGGAAUUAAUUUGGUAGUUGUUCUUGAAGCAUUGAACAAGACCAUAACAAUUUAAAAAAAAAAAAAUAGAAAGUAUUAUGGACGAGUUGGAAUAGAAAUUGAGAUGGUCAAUUUGACCUCCUUUGGAGUUCAAUACACAAAUGGUUUCAUAUUGCUCAUCUUCAAUAAUUUUCUUCAAGUCCAGUUGCCAUAAUGAGAACAAAACAAAUCAGUUUAGGGAGAAAAGUCUGAUUUUUCUUUUAGCUAUCAUAAUUUUGAAGUUGAUGAGUUGCUUCAUGCAGCAGCUCCGCAAAACCAUUCUAAGUCCUUUCAUAAUAAUAGAGAUAUCAAACAACAGGAAAAAAAAUAUAUAUAUAUAUUUUUUAUUUUUUCCCUUCAAUUUUUUCUCAUUUUCUUUGCAUAAUUAACUAAUUAAGUAUACAAGGGGUUAGGGAUUAAUAAAGUAAAGCACAUUGCUUAAAUUAUUACGCAGAGAGAGAAAAGAAAUCCGAGUACGGUAAGCGACACGUACUGGUCUGAUAUUCAAGCGCGGAGACUAUUGAUAGUCAAUGGUCCUAACACAACGAUGUAGAAAAAGACAAAGACCCAAGCAACCUUUGCGCCCUAAAGAUAAGGAGCUCGACCAAAGAAGAUAGAUCAAGAAACCUCAGCUAUUGGAAUUGUAGAGUUUGACCUGCCUUUUAAAAUAUCUGUAACUUCCUUGAAUCUCCGAGGAGGAUUUGUCAUUUGGGCUCUUCUUUGUACUAGCCGUACGGUUCGUUACUUUUCAAUCUGAAACCCUGCACUUUCUUUCUUCUUCUGCUGCUGCUGCUGCUGCUUUGCGACUCCCCCUUCCAGAUCUUGCUGAUCUUUCUGAGUUUAUGAUUUGCCUUCUUCACCGGUUGUCAGUUGGAAUCGGAUGCUCAUCAAGGGUUAGCUUUGAAAUUCCACUCCAGUGAGUAGCAUUUAAUGCUCUGAUUUUUUGGGAAUUGAAGCGAAUAAGCAAGUGUAUAUUUGGAUUCCAUUUGAUUGUUGAACCCCAAAAGAGGAACCAGCUGAGGGUUGGUCUUUCUGUAUUCUUAAGCCAUGGGGGAUUGUGGCUCUGUGUUUCCAGAAUUGGAAAGAGAAGAAGACUUGAUUGCUGCAGCAAAACACAUAGCAAGGGCAUUGGGAUCAAAAAGGAACCUUACGGAUGAUGCCAAGAAAAUUUUAGCAGACCUUAGCACCCAAUUGUCUAGCAUAACCACAGUCCAAGAAGACAAGGUUGAGGCAGCAAGUGAGAUUGAAGAACGGCUAAAUUUUAUUCAGGAGAAAAUUAUGAGUUGGGAGACAGAUCAGUCUAUGAUAUGGGAUUCCGGUCUUGACGAAGCUACUCAGUAUCUAAAUGCCGCUGAAGAAGCCGGAAAGUUGGUUGAAAGGUUGGAGACUUUGUCUUUGAAUAAAGAUGAUGGGGAGAAGGAGCUGCUGAGGAGGGCUCAUGAUAUUCUUCAAAUAGCAAUGGCAAGGCUUGAGGAAGAGUUCAAGUAUAUGCUUGUUCAGAACAGGCAACCUUUUAUGCCAGAACAUGUGUCUUUCCGUUCAAGCGAAGAGGAUGCUACAGAUCUAGGCUCUGUAAUCUCUCUUGGGGAUGACUCUUUUGAGGAAUCAAUUAAUAGAGAUAGCAUUAGCAGAGCUUCAGAGGAAUUCAUCAUUGAUUUGGUUAAUCAAGAAGUAAUGUCUGACCUCAAAAAUAUUGCAAAUUUAAUGUUCCUCUCUGGUUAUGAUCAUGAAUGUUCCCAGGCAUACAUUAGUGUUCGAAGAGACGCCUUGGAUGAAUGUCUCUUUAUACUUGAAAUAGAGAAACUGAGCAUUGAAGAUGUGCUGAAAUUGGAGUGGGGAAGCUUGAAUUCUAAGAUCAAGAGAUGGGUCAGGGCUAUGAAGAUCUUCGUGCGGGUCUAUCUUGCUAGCGAGAAAUGGCUCACUGAACAAAUCUUCGGAGAACUUGGAACAGUUAAUCUGGUUUGUUUUGCUGAGGCUUCAAAAGCUUCAAUGUUGCAGCUAUUAAAUUUCGGUGAAGCCGUAUCUAUCGGUCCCCAUAAACCAGAGAAAUUGUUUCCUAUUCUUGACAUGUACGAGGUUCUCGCAGAUCUUCUUCCAGACAUAGAUUCUUUAUACUCUGAUGAGGCUGGUAUUUGUGUUAGAACCGACUGUCGCGAGGUCCUAAGGAGAUUGGGAGACUCUGUGAAGGCAGCAUUUCUUGAGUUUGAGAAUGCCAUUGCAGCAAGCGUGUCUCCGAAUCCUUUUGCAGGAGCUGGAAUUCAUCAUCUCACUCGUUAUGUCAUGAAUUAUAUCAGAACACUUAUUGACUACCGUGAGACCCUCAAUUUUCUCCUCACUGGUUGUGAUGGAGAAGAUCCCAUAGCCUUGUCCCCUGACACGAGUCCACCUAUAGAAGAAGAGAACUCAACUGAAAGAAUUUAUAAUGCUUCCCCAGUGGCUUUUCACUUCAGAUCAGUUGCUUCGAUUUUAGAACACAACCUCAAUGACAAGGCCAAGUUAUACAGAGAUCCUUCAUUGCAGCAUAUCUUCUUGAUGAACAACAUACAUUACAUGGCACAAAAGGUUAAGCAUUCGGAACUGAGGAACAUUCUCGGUGAUGAUUGGAUACGAAAACACAACUGGAAAUUCCAGCAGCACGCCAUAAACUACCAGAGAGCUACUUGGAGCUCGAUCUUGUCUUUGUUGAAGGAUGAGGGAAAUUCCAGUUGCGAUUCUGUCUCAAAAACUUCUCUCAAGGAGAGAUUUCGGAGCUUUUAUCUUGCUUUUGAGGAGGUUUACAGGAGUCAAACAGCAUGGAUCAUCCCUGAUCCUGAGCUUCGUGAAGAUUUGCAAAUUUCAAUAUCUGUGAAAGUGAUUCAAGCCUAUAGAACAUUUGUUGGAAGACAGAACAAUCACAUUAGUGACAAGCACAUCAAGUACAGCGCUGAUGACUUACAAAACUAUCUGUUGGAUCUCUUUCAGGGAUCUCAAAAAUCACUGCACAAUCCCCACAGGAGAUGAUACAAGAAUAGAAUAGAUCAAUUUUUAGAAUUUCAUGAGUUAAAGCUUUUGGCUUUAUGUCCUCUGCUAAUGUAAUCUUAUUUUUCUCUACCUCUGCUCUUGUAAGUUCUAUUUGAUUAAUAAACUGAUGUUUCUAUGCCAAA